AUGGCGGAUGCAGGAGACGACGAAACUCGGUCGGCUCACCCGUCGGCAUCCCGCAACGGUCCGGCUGUCGGCCCGUCGGCGGGCACCGCGGGCCAGGGCGCCACCACGGUCACGUCGGGUCCGCGGAUGGUGAGGAUCGUCAAGUCGGAGUCCGGAUACGGGUUCAACGUCCGCGGCCAAGUCAGUGAAGGGGGACAGCUGCGGAGCAUCAACGGAGAACUGUACGCACCUCUGCAGCACGUCAGCGCCGUGUUGCCCGGUGGCGCGGCGGACCGAGCCGGGAUAGCGAAGGGCGACCGGAUCCUCGAAGUUAACGGAGUGAGUGUGGAAGGUGCCACCCAUAAGCAGGUCGUGGACCUGAUCCGUGCAGGGGAGAAGGAGCUGGUUCUGGCCGUGCUCUCUGUUCCAGCUCAGGAGGCUGACGGAUUGGAAGGAGGAGAGGAUGUCCAACCUAACUAUGACUACAGCGACAAGCAGGCCGUGCCCAUUUCCAUUCCUACAUACAAGCAUGUGGAGCAGCACUCCGAGAGGUUUGUGGUGUACAAUGUGUAUAUGUCAGGUAGGCAGCUGUGUUCAAAGCGUUACCGGGAGUUUGCCAUCCUGCAGCAGAACCUAAAGAGGGAGUUUUCCAACUUCAACUUCCCAAAGCUUCCUGGGAAAUGGCCAUUCUCCCUCUCUGAACAGCAGCUGGAUGCUCGGCGUAGAGGCCUGGAGGAAUAUCUUGAGCGAGUUUGCUCUGUGCGGGUUAUCGGAGAGUGUGACAUCAUGCAGGAGUUUCUCUCUGAAUCAGAUGAGAACUACAAUGGAGUGACGGACGUAGAGCUGCGGAUAGCCCUUCCAGACAAGACAACCAUCUCUGUCCGAGUUCGCAAGAACAGCACCACAGACCAGGUGUAUCAGGCAUUAGUGAUGAAGGUGGGAAUGGACAGUAUUAUGGCGAGCUACUUUGCCCUUUUUGAAGUCAUCAACCAUUCGUUUGUACGGAAGCUGGCACCUAAUGAGUUCCCCCACAAGCUUUAUGUGCAGAACUACACGUCGGCGGUGCCGGGGACUUGCUUGGCGCUGCGCAAGUGGUUGUUCAGCCUCCAGGAGGAGGAGUUGCUCCGAGACAAUCCGCUGGCGCUGCACUACUGCUUUCACCAGGCAUUGGAUGAUGUGAAGAAGGGAUUCAUAAAAACGGAGGACAAAUCCUACCAGCUGCAGAAGCUGGCAGAGCAGCGCAAGAUGGCCACGUACCUGAGCCUGCUGCGAACGUGUGAGGGCUACAAUGAGGUGGUGUUCCCCCACUGCUCCUGCGACUCCAGAAGGAAGGGUCACGUCAUCACAGCAAUCGGCAUCCAUCACUUCAAGCUGCACGCCUGCACUGAGGAUGGCACGCUGGAGAACCAGGUGAUAGCUUUUGAGUGGGGGGAGAUGCAGCGAUGGGACACCGACGAGGAGGGGAUGGCUUUCUGCUUUGAGUACGCCAGAGGGGAGAAGAAACCUCGCUGGGUCAAGAUCUUCACUCCAUAUUUUAACUACAUGCACGAGUGCUUUGAGCGGGUCUUUUGUGAGCUCAAGUGGAGGAAACAGGUUGAGGAAGAGGCAUCUGACAAAGACAACAAAAACUGCAGUAACAGUGAGUUUCUACCUCCUCUGGAGACGCAGCAAAAGGGAUGGCGCCACCUAGGGGGCGAGAUUGCAACUUCCUAAAACCCUUGGUCAUCACUCGAACUAGAACUGGUCCACAUGCAUCAUUACAGCUACCCCAGAGAGCGCCCAUCGACAAACACAGAACUGAGUGAAAGACUGAGGCGGAUCCAUGCCCCCAAGAAACUGGAAGUGACCAAUUUGGGAAUUUGGAAUAGUCACACUUCAACAAACCCAGGGAUACACACAGCAAGAAGAGCAAUGAAGGAAAAUAAACAAAAGCCAGCUUUCAUUUCAUUUACUAGAUCGCCAUAGUAAUGUUUUCCUCCAUACAAUCGCCCUGUGAUGUGGCAGGACACAAAUUCUCGCCACUGGUUGAGAUGUAACGCAUAUCUACAGUGUGUGACUGGUCCGCGUGACCACACCGCUGCAGCAACAUCUGCUCGAAGCAACUUGACGAGGGAGCUGACACCUGGAGGGCGGAGGCCCAAACGCUCGGGUCUCCGACGCGAACAGCUCGGCCCCCAGGCCUUCGCUGUGCCCAUCGUCUGCUGAACUGAGCUGCAAGAGUGGAGAUGAAAAUAAGAAGCGAUACAGAAUAGAAAAACAGGGUUGUCACUGCAGUCAGUUUGUGAUAAAGAAAGCAAAGUCAUGCUUUACACUGAUGCUGGACAUUAACACAAAAAAAUGAUGUUUUCUAUCCGUGAGGUCAGAAUACAUAUUCUGUCGUCAGAAAACCUUUGGCGACACAAUUGUAAACGAAAAAAAACGUAACAAAUACUGAUGCAAGGGAACGCGUUUUUAAUUAUGUGUGCUUAACAAUAUCACUUCUGAUAGAAAUUGUGGAUAAAUGUAAUAAUUGGUUUCUUGAUCUAACACAAUGAAACACUAACUGAACAAGCCGCUCUUACUAAUCUCCAUUUACCGCGUCUUCUACUUGAAAAACCACAGCACUUGGCAGUCAAACCAUUAAUGUCAGUAUGGGUGUUUAUCCCGUUCGCAAGUGUUUUAUUGUGGUGAUUUAGCGGAGCUUGGAAGUUGAGAGCAAGAAGAGGCUCUCCUUCUUAGUUCUGUGCAGGAAUGAUCCCUCGAGCAAUGGGUUGACGGGCCAAAGCUCUGAUGAUUUUGAAAUGUCACAUGUUGGUGCGCAACAUUCUGAGUGACAGAUUGUGACUGUAAGGACGGGAGUGAGUUGUUGGAGUUUUUGAGCUGCUGUUGUGUCGAACAGACAGCAGGGAGCAGCAGAGUGUAAGACAGAUCUGGUUGUUGCGUUUUGAAGAAACGGAACUGUUCUUAAAGAGAGGUCCCUCGUGUGUGUGUGUGUGAUGGAGCGUAGAUGGUUCAUGGAGUUGUGUGGAGCAUACAGAGCAAUGCAGGCAGCUGUCUGCCUCUCAAAUAUUGACACAGUAUUAGUUGCGUUUGCAUGCACAAGACAUGAUUAUAUGACAGUUGUAUGAUUUACACCAAUUUUAGAUUCAAACACAACAUUUCAUUUUCUCCCUCACAGCGAUAAAGGUUUAUUUGCGUUUUACUAUUUCUUUCUUCGUAGAUGUUCAGUUUGAAAUAUUUUGCCUCACUUUCGGUGAGUAGAUAAAUAUCAUCUUAAUGCAGACUGUGUCCGCAACUGAUCUGCUUUCACCCAAAUGAGAUAGUUUUGUUUAUCCCAAUAAGGGUUAGUAGUUUAUCUCGGCCAAUUCAUCACCGACUCGUUCUUGUCCUUCACCUGCCUUUUCGGCAGCAAACGAAAACCUGAAACAGAGUGAUGUUUUUAUUCAUUCACCAUGAAUUGUAGAGCAGGUUUGUACAGGUCAGCUCCGCUUUCAGUUCAGUAAAAAGUGUAUUCCAUGCCUAAGGUUUAGUCCUAAUAAGCUGUCAGUCAGUUGUCUUGAAUCCGGCUCGUGUUUGUGCGUGCGUGCGUGUGUGCUGCGUUUUGUGCGUGUCCUCUACGUCUAUCAUUGACAUUGCUGAUGAGCUUUCAAGCUCCGAUUGGACGUGCCUGAUGAGCUGUCGGUGUGAGAGCCAGCAAAUGAAGAUGGGGUUUUCUGUCUAUGUGAGAGUGGAGAUGCCAGACAGAUGGAGACAAAUAGGAGGCGUUUCCUAUUGUCGAGCUAAUACGCUUUUUCAGCAUGACACACACACACACACACACACACACACACACACACACACACCCACACACACCCACACACCCGUCUCACUGUCACUCAGUGUUUGUGGUUUGACAAAAUUGUCAAGCUAUUUUGUAAUUCCUGUUGUCGCCUCUAAAGCCACAAGCAAUACUUACCCCUCUGUAGCGGCAUGAUGUAUGUUUAACACGCACACACCAGACGUAGGUAGAUUGAGAAAGAGACUGCGAUGUGCUGGGUGGUCAUUUUGACAGGCAAAGUAAUAGCCAAUGUAGAGAUGGAUGACAAGAAUUAAAGUUGUUCAACCAUGAUGAGGGUUUUUCCGGACAGAGGGAGAGUCACACAGAUUGUGUCAUUGUGUGGUGGCCUGUCCUGUCCUGUCGUGUCCUCUCUGCUCUUACUCUCUCCAGGUUGGUCUCCCAUCAUCACAGGGGGGAUGUGGUUGCCGUGGCAGCACCACGUUGGCUCAACGCGCUUAGCGUUCAUUUUAUUCCUGUCAGCCAACUGACUCACUCCUCCCAAUAAUGUAUUCAAAGCAGUGUUGUUGGUUGUUUUGUUUUUUACCGUUUGAUAUCUGUAGUACGUCCUUGUGGCUCAUGCUGCUGUGAAUAUGCUUUUAGAAAAGCUGCUGUUUUUUUUAUACUUUAGUUGUUCCGGCUUGUCUCGUCCGCACCAGGUGCCAUCUAUUGCGCAUUGUCAGUCACUGGCGGGUGUGCAUACCGUGAGUUGUCGUUCGUUUCGGCCAUGAGUGAGAUAAAUGUCAUAGUAACGGUGCUUAGGUGAAAGCCGAGAGAUGACGGGAUGUUGAGAAGCACGUCCUUGUACGGUUGGCCCGUGUUUGAUGGUUUUUUGUUCGUCAGUGUGCACUGCUGUGGCCGCCUGUGUUUGUGUUUGAAAUUCCGGACAGGCUGGGCUUGUGAGAGGAAGAUUAUUUACGAAAAAAGGAUGGAAUUUCACAUAGAGAUAAAAAAGAAUGUUGGCUGGUAAAGCAAACAUGGUGGCAGGAGAAGAUAUUAAAAAACAAUAAAGUAACUUAUCCAUGUUUGGACUGCACAUGAAACCUUGUGUUCAUCAAACUCACCACUGAAAUGCUCAUCUAAACGAUGAUGCAGUUGCUAUGGAAACACAUCGGUUUUCUGAGCCCCGUAUGUGCCAAAUCGGCACUGAUUUCCACGACACAAUUCAGUGGCAGAUAUCGUAUGAGAUUUUUUCCACAUAGUUCCAAUUCUACAGCAUUUCACAGGGCUCGGACUCUGGUGUUUGAGGUGGAAUUUAUGCUUUUUUGACACUGUCGGUUCGGUCAGAGCUGCUACGUUAGUCUCAUCUACAGCGGUUUUGUGUAGACUUGAUGUUUGUUGACCUCUGGAACGCACAUCCGGCUCGGAGGGCAUUAGCUGCUGGCUUUUCUCAUUUCAGCUGACGUGUCCUACCCAUGAUUAACAUGAAGGGUGGAUGUAAGUGCUGUUUAAAAAGUGUUAACCAUUUUGUAAUUACUUUCUCUCAAAUGCUUUGAAACACAGGGCUUUUCCGCGACAAAUGGGCAGUGACAUUAAUUAGAAAUCUAAGCCUUGUCUGUCUUCAGCAUAACCUGUAAAUAGCUGUUUUAAAAAGAAAGAAAAAAAGAUAAUAUCCUUUUGGACAAAAUGCACUGUUGUUUCUCCAACUCAAAACUUUUAUUUAUUUAAGCAGAAAACUAUAAAUAUUGGGGGAAAUUAUAGUGUACAUUGCUCGAGCCACCGUCAAAUCAUUAAUUUUGUGCGUGGGCAGCAGCUGUGUUGAGGAUUAACCGCACAGUGAAACGAACUGUUCAAAAGAGAAGCAGUGUUGCAUUUACUAAGUGUCGAAAGACCGAUUAACACCUGAUGCUGAACCCGGCGUCCACAUGGAGAGUUUUAUAUCUAAAAAAAAAACACACACACACACACAAGGUUUACUAACCAAUAUAAGAAAAAGGACAAAACGAUUUGAAAAUGUUGUGUAGAGUAAUAAAUU